AUGGAUUAUUAUUUUUAUAUGAACUACCUAACCUGGGCCCUAGUCAAUGGGCCUGUCAGCGUAAUCAACUUCAUAAUUAAUGCAUUUUACAUCUUCUGCAUCGUGUGUCCGCUCCACAGAGAAAGGAUCAAGCAACCUCUAAAGCUACUUCUGGGCUCCUUGAUUGUUCCUGCACAGAAAACCAUCUUCAUCCGGAUUAAGAAGAACAUCAAACCAACCAUCUUCUUCAUUUUGCUUUUAGAAAACAUUUACGAUUUACUGGAUUUAGUCUUGGUUGUUAUGGCUCCCAAUUCUACUGGAUCUGAACUCAACAUGACUUCUGCGGUGGAGGCAUUCAUCUCCAAACCGGUGGAACAGUUGCUGAACCAGACUGUGGACAUAUAUGCUAUUUUGGCUAUCAUAAAGAAGUGUCAUUUUUAUCUAUCUUUUGUUCUGAUGAUGACAUCUAGUUGUCUCACUGUAGUCUAUCUAGGAAUGCACAUUCGGCGUAUGGUUAUAAAUGGACAGUCCCUUUCCAGUGCUCGGCUCAGUAGCCAGUUGAGAGUCACCAUCACUGGCAUCAUUCAGGGUUUUCUGUAUUUUUCCUUUACAGUCUGGCAGGAGUACUUGUUUACUUCUCAGCAAAAUAUGUCUGCUUUUGUGAGUCUUUAUGUAUGAUCAACAGCGGUCAGUUUUACAUGUUGGGCACCACAUUUAACCUCAGAGCUGGUCAGUCUGUGUUCAGGCAGAGAGCAGCAGAUAUGUGGAGCAGAGCAGGUCGGUGGUUUAACAGCUGGCAG